AUGUACUUCGGGUUACAGACAGGGUGGGUCAGUCCUAUGACUCUUCCCGCAAGCCUGCUAGGGUUUGGCCUAUUUAGGACGCUGUCGAAGCACCUCGAUUUCCCGUUCUCACCCGUCGAGAACGUCCUUGUGCAGACCGUUGCUGGAAGCAUGGCCCUCAUGCCACUGGGUUGUGGCUUUUUGCCGGCUAUGAAUUACUUGCUCUCGCCCGACGAGAUGGGGCCUAUACAGAUGAGCACCUGGAAGCUCAUCGUAUGGUCUCUUGGCCUUUGCUACUUUGGCGUCGUUUUUGCAGUGCCUUUGCGCCGGCAGGUCAUUAUCCGCGAAAGGCUACGUUUCCCUAGUGGCUUUAGCACGGCUGUAUUAAUAGGCGUUCUCCAUGGCCAGACGCCUGACCCCUCCGAAACCAGCAAAGACCACGCAUCGUCAGGGGCAUUCGCAAGCCUAGUGCCCAAAGUCAGCCAGCAUUCUUCUUCAGACAGAAUUGGCGACGACUCGGGAUCCGUCCUUGACGACGACGAACCUAAGGUAGUACGCCCGUGGGGCACGAACAUAAGAUUACUCCUAGUGUGCUUCAUUAUCUCCGGGGUAUUCACUCUCGCUAUGCAUUUCUACCCCGUCCUCCGUAACCUUCCAAUAUUUGGCCGAGUUGCCGCAGAAUCCUGGCUAUGGACAUUCAAUCCCAGUUUAGCCUAUGUUGGACAAGGCGUUAUUAUGGGACCUGAGACAACCCUCCACAUGGCCCUCGGUGCUUUCGUCGGUUGGGCCAUCCUUUCUCCUCUUGCCCAUUAUCGGGAAUGGGCACCUGGCCCUGUUGGUGAUUGGGACACGGGUAGUAAAGGGUGGAUAGUCUGGGUUUCGCUUUCGAUAAUGCUGUCGGAUGCUAUUAUUAACCUUGCUCAUGUUGGGUCGCAAAUUCUCCUAGGACCAGCUUUUUUUGAACUCCUGAAAUCUCGUUUCAAGUCGCUGGUAGGCAAGGGCAGCAUCCAGACCCAGUACACCCAGCUCCGCAACACCGAUGAUGAAAACACGCUGCUAGUGCCGGAGUCAACGGAGCAGGGGCUCUAUCAAUCAGGAAGCGGGAGCAUUUGGGAGCAUCAUACUCGCCCACGGCUCGAAAUGGCCAGGGGCGAGGAAUUGGAUGAAGAUGCCCCUCCCGAGCAGCAAGUCGGCAACCGCACUAUUAGCGUGGGCCUUGCCGCUUCCAUUCUCUUAUGUAUAGUGAGUAUUCAUGUUGUCUUCCGCGAUUUAGUACCACUAUAUGCAACUGUCCUCGCUGUGGCGAUGGCGCUUGUGCUUAGUGUCAUGGGCGUUCGUGCCCUGGGGGAGACAGACCUCAACCCAGUCUCCGGCAUCAGCAAAUUAGCGCAACUCUUCUUUGCACUUGUCGUACCGGCUUCCAAUAAAGCCGCGAUUCUUAUAAACCUCAUCUCCGGGGCGGUAGGGGCGCUGCAAGCGGGCGAGCUCAUGCAGGACCUAAAAACAGGUCAUCUUCUUGGUGCAGCUCCUAAUGCGCAGUUCUGGGGCCAAGUCAUCGGCGCCACCGUCGGCGCCAUUGUGAGCGCCUUCAUAUACCAGCUCUAUACCACGGUUUACCCAAUCCCAGGCGACUUAUUCCAGGUCCCGACUGCCUACGUCUGGAUUUUCACAGCGAGGCUGGUCACCGGGAAGGGGCUUCCUCCAAUGGCCAAGGAAUGGGCCAUUGGCGCCGGCGUACUUUUCUCCGCCACCACCAUCACGAGGAUAACAUCGGCAGGGAAACGUUGGCGUGCACUGAUUCCAGGAGGGGUUGCAGUCGCAGUUGGAAUGUAUAACGUCCCAUCGUUCACGCUGGCGAGGGCGGUUGGUGGUUUGUUCGGCUGGUACUGGCAGGCCGUCUUGAAGAAAUCUAGCACACCCCUGAUAGUCAUAGCAUCGGGCUUCAUUCUCGGGGAGGGAUUCUUGAGUAUCGUUAAUCUUAUUCUAGAGAGCUUGCGAACCUCUCGGUCGUGA